CCAAAUGUUACAGCGUUCAGAUGUUUCCAGGUAAUUAAUACAAUGACAUGUUCAAAUAAACAUCACAAAAUGACUAAAAGAAAUACUGUUUAAGCGUUGACAAACAAAAAGAACCCACACUCAAACGAUGACAAGAAUUAUAAGCAGACGAUAUACAAAAUGUUUCUAUGCGACCAUUUUGAUCUUCGUAGUGAUAGUUACUUACAGAUUGAUGAUUCAGAAAGAAGCAAGGACACCAAAGCUUCCAUUUCUUGAUAAAAAGUUUAGAAGCCAAGAUUUAAAUGAUAAUGGUUGCAAACCAAAAACUGUUUGGUUUAGUAAAACUCCUAUGAAAAAGACAGCUUUAGCUAGUUAUCCAGGAUCGGGAACCAGGUUGCUACGACAUGUACUAGAGCUAACUACAGGAGUAUUAACGGGUUCAACAUAUUGUGACAAAAUACUGUUACAAGAUUUUGAAGGCGAAUGUACUGACGACGAAACAGUUCUUACAAUCAAAACACAUGCAUGGUUCGACAAACUCAAAUAUGAGAAGGCAGUUAUACUUAUCCGGAGUCCGUACAAAAGCUAUGCAUCCCUGUUCAGCCAUCAAAAUGGCCAAGAUAUAGGAAGAGGAGCCAGCAAGGUAGAUUUUGAUUUGAAAUUUAAAGAAUUCUUGGGAAACCUGUUCGACAUGUGGAGAUAUUUUAACGAAGAAUGGAUGAAAGACUUUGUUGGUCCGAAAUACAUAAUCUUUUUCGAUAACCUUGUACAGAACCCUGAGAGCGAAAUAAGGAAACUUGUGGCAUUUUUAGAAUUCGAAUACACCGAAAAAGACUUAAUGUGUGCGGCAAAACAUCUGAAGGCAGGAAUCCGCAAAAAAGAAUACGAAGAUAUUGAUGUCAAGCAGUAUUUCACACUAGAACAAUUGAGUAAAACAGAGGAGUAUAUCAAAAUUAUAGAAAAAAUGGCUACUGAGAUAAACAAUAUUCCUCAUCACAUUGAUAGGGAUUUAUAGUCAGAGAAAACAUAGAGACAAAUCAAACUUGGGACUACAAGAGCGUAAUACUAUUUCGUUAGAGACCGACCAUUUAAUAU